ACUCAAACACACUCCUUUCAUUCAUUUUUACUUGGUUUAAGUUUCAAAGCAAAAGAAAGGCCACCUUCACUUUAAUUUAAAAGAUUCAAUCCUAUUUCAUCUCCCUUUUGUCUUUACUCUUUACCCUCCCUGUCCUUCCUCUUUACCAUUGUUCUCUCUUUCUUUUCUUGAUUUCAAAUCUAGGGUUUUUGUUUGUUUCACUUCAGUAGCUUUAUCUUGGUUGAGCUUUUAUUAAAGCUUCAAACUUCACACAUUUUUGGAAUAACAAACAUUCUUUUGCUGCUUACUGGGGAAUCUCUCUCUCUCUCAGAGAAACCCGCUAAAACUCUUGUUCAAGAUUCUGUUUUUCUUCUUAAUUAAUUUUAUUGGGGGUGUUGGGUUUCAGUUUCAUCAGCUAAAAUAAACUGCAUUAUAUAUAGAUCAUUUUUUGAUAAAGAUAGAAACUUUUGGUUGAGUGUUAACCUAGUAAAUGCAUGGAUGGAAGGGAAGGAAUAGCACUAUCUGGCUCACCUCCUUACUACUUCAACACAGGGGUUAGUGAGUCAGGUCCCAAUUCUGGUUCAAUUUAUGGUCCCAGUGAACAAGCUGAAUUAUCUCACCCAACUGCUUUUCAGAGCCUUGCAAGCCCUAAUCUUUCAAUUCAGACCAAUGCUGGAGGCUCAGCUUACCAAGCUGGAGACCCAUCACUUGAUUUUAGUCAAGGCAUUAAUAUGGGUGUUGCAUCCAGUGUGUCAUUGAGUGAUUCUGGUAAGAAAAAGAGGGGAAGGCCCAGGAAGUAUGGUCCUGAUGGGGCCAAUAUGUCUUUGGCAUUGUCUCCCUUGCCAUCGAAUCCCUCAGCAGGGGAUGUAAUGCAGGGGGAGAUGGAGAAAAAGAAUAGGGGAAGGCCUCGUGGGAGCGGAAGGAAGCAACGAUUAGCAUCUCUAGGUGAAUGGAUGAAUAGUUCGGCAGGAAUGGCUUUUACUCCGCAUGUCAUCCAUAUUGCUCAAGGAGAGGAUAUCGCAUCAAAAUUAUUGGCAUUUGCUCAACAGAGGCCACGAGCUCUAUGUGUCAUGUCUGCAACUGGUUCUAUCUCUGCAGUGACACUGCGUCAACCUCUGUCCUCUGACAGCACAUUAACAUACGAGGGCCAUUUUGAGAUAUUGUGCUUGUCGGGUUCUUAUCUGGUUUCUGAUGAAGGUGGGCCCACCAAUCGGACAGGUGGUUUAAGUAUUUCUGUCUGCACUCCUGAUGGCCUUGUGAUAGGAGGUGCAAUAGGUGGUAGACUUGUCGCCGCAAGCUUGGUUCAAGCAAUUGUAUGCAGUUUUGUUUAUGAUGGUCCCAAAUCAAAAACCAAAACAGAAGUUAAUGCAAUAGGGGAGCAGGCUUCUGCGGUUCCUCCCAAUGAAAGCUCAUCUCCACCCCCACCAUCGGAUGCUACUCAAAAUAUGGAUCCAAUUCCUGAAGUGUCUCGUUGGCCUCCAAGUUCACCGCCAGAUGCUAGAGAUGUAAACACAGAAAUUGACCUGGCUCAAGGAUAAUGCAUUAGCUGUAGCCUGUACAAGAGUUGGAUGACAUUUCUUUGUAGAGUAGUUGUAAAUGGAGCAUUCGAAAGCUAGAUCAGAAGCUGUAUCCUAGUUGUUUCUGUUACCCGACAUUUUUAUCUAACAAAUUCGAUUAAGUGUAGUACUCUUGGAAUAUUACAUAGUUGGAUGACCUUUCUUGCCUU